AUGACAAAAAUAAUAAUAGAUCGAAUGAGGGAACCGAUACGAGAACUACGAGAACUACGAGAAAACCAAGCCGGAUUUAGAUCAAACAGAUCGUGCAUCGACCACAUAUGCACACUAAGACUUAUCUUAGAAGAAGUAGCGGAAAAAAAUGAAGAAAUUCAUAUAAAUUUUAUCGACUUUGAAAAGGCGUUCGAUUCAGUUAAACGGGAAAGGAUGUGGGAUAUUCUGAGGUUAUAUGGAGUACCUGAAAAAUUUAUAAAAAUAUUAAAAAUGCUUUAUGAAGAGUAUAUAGCAAAAAUAGAACACGAAGGAAGUCUCUCUGAGGGAAUUAAACUAGAAAAGGGAGUGCGCCAAGGCUGUAGGAUGUCACCCUUACUCUUCAUAAUAACUAUGGACUGGGUUAUGGAAAGAACUGAAGAUCGGAAAAGUGGAAUAAUAUGGGAAGUUUUUAAAAGGUUAGAAGACCUAGAAUUCGCCGAUGAUAUCUGUCUCCUGGCGACGAGAAAAAAGCAUGUACAAGAUAAAACAAAAAGGCUAGAAAGAAACGCACAUAUAGUGGGUCUAAAAAUUAACGCAAAAAAAACGAAACUGCUAACAAACAAUGAAACCGAAGACAAUAUAAUUAUGGACGAUAAAGAAAUAGAAGAAGUAAAGGAAUUCUGUUAUUUGGGAAGUAUAAUUAGUGUGGAAGGCGGAACCGAAAAGGAUAUAGAAAUAAGACUUUCUCUGGCACAAAAAUCCUUUAAAAGGUUAAACAAAAUAUGGUCAUCAACAAUCCUGUCCAGAAAAAACAAGAUUAGAAUAUUUAGAUCAAACGUAAAAAGCAUUUUAUUAUAUGGUGCAGAAACAUGGAAAAAUUGUACUAGCAUAGGAAAAAUUCAAACCUUUAUUAAUAAAUGUCUGAGAAUUAUAUGUGGUAUAUUCUGGCCAAACACUAUAACAAACGAAGAAUUACACAGAACUACAGAAGAAGAAAAAGUGGAAAGAACAAUUAGGAAAAACAGAUGGAAAUGGAUAGGACACACACUAAGAAAAAAUAACAAAAGCAUAGCAAGACAAGCACUCAGCUAUAAGAUUCCAGGAAAAAGAAGAACAGGCAGGCCAAAUAACACAUGGAGAAGAACAAUAAAUGAAGAACUCCAAAAACAAGGUUUAACAUGGACAGAAGCAAGGAACAUGGCGAACAACAGACAAACAUGGAAGGAACUGGUAGAAAGGAUGUAA